UUAUAACGGCAUCAGCUUUAAAAGUAUCGGUACUUGAAAGCGUAAGGCAUAUGAUUUACCUCCAUGCUACGAUUGUGAACGUCAGGUCUGUUACUAACGGAGGGUUUUGUCUCUACAAAACCGAAAAUUAUUGUCAGCUUUGUAAUGUUUGGCAGGACAUUUCAGCGUUAAUUUGCCAUUUUCCGGGUGAAAUUACAAAAUUGCUCUGGCAAGUUCCGCGCAUCUCAAUGCCAAGUGGCGCUAGAAAAAAAAAAAGACGCCAUAGAAAAAAAGGAAAGAAAAACAAAUCGCUGUUCUCCUUCCCUUCCCCAAGUCAAAAUUUAAGAGCUCCGCCAUUUGUUCCGGGAUAAAUUAAGAAACCGAACAUAGCAGCUUCGUGAUUUGCGUGGGGUGUCUUCGAUCUUCCUACUAAAGAGCUUUAGCAUCAACGACAGUGACGGUAACAAAAACUUCACAUAAAAUAUGAAUUCGCGCUGCUUCAAACUUCCUCACUCUUAUUCCAUCUCGUUCAAUUCGUCAAAUGCUGGCGAAUUUUUCUGGUCAGGAGUGGAAUUCUAAAAGCCUGUAUCUAAGUUCAGAAAAAGAAAACGUAAUUAAAAUCAUUUUCUCGUGUUCUCGUCCUUCAUUAACGUGAAAUUUGGAAAAUUUACGUCGUAGUCGUGUAACAACCAGGGGCACCUAACGACUGUUUUCUGCAAAAUAUCUGUUCGGAGAAGCAAAUGUUGCCUAGAAUUUUCUAUUACUUGAGGACGACUAAAAAUUUCUAGAUGAACGCUCCAUUCACAUACAAGUUUCGAAGGUUAUCUAAUAAAUUCCCUACGAUUUUCUGAAGUUUAAUUUUUCAUAUUUUACUACCCAGGUUACACUAUUUUUCUUAGAAAAAGGAAACUUAAAAUUUUCGGAUUCUGAAAUGUGAUGGAGAGAGGAAUCAGAAAAAUUCUUACUUUCGUAAAUUGUUAAAUGGCGCCUAAAAUUUUCGGAAAAAUAAACUGAAGCCCUUGUAAUUUUGAAAAGACUGAAGUUCCCGUAAAAUGACUGAAAAGAUAAAAUUGAGAUCUAAUAGAGAUCUAAAAUUACUUCGGAUAGCCUAAAAAGUGUUUUCAACGUAUUUUGGAAGAAACCGUCGCUGGGCGCCCCUGAACAGUACAACGGCAAAAGGAAAUGUUACACGGGACGAUUCCCCGGACCCAUAUGAAAGGGGCGAGGACGCUCGUCGUCUCUCUUAGGGGUGUAAAUUUCGGUUUUGGUCUCGCUUAGGGUGUUCUGGGCAAAACGCGCGCGCCAUUAUAUUUAGCCGAAACGGUUUAUUUCAGGGUUGCACGCGAAGAAAUAUAAAAGAUUAUAUAUUUUCAGUUCGUUUUAUUUGCUCGAUUCAUGUGUUAAAAAUAAUCAAAUUUUUUGUAGGUGUCAAAAAAGGUUGGGCCACGCCCAGAUUGGUUUCCUUUAGGGGUUCAAUUCAAAAGUUCCGACGAACAUCCCCGCCUCUUUUAUAUGGGAGUCCCCCCGGGGACGAUUCGCAACGAAGAUUUUUAGCGCAACACAGCGUUGCAACAUUGAUGCGACAUUGUUUCGAAUAGUUACAGCGUUGUUCCAACAUUGCGGCCCUGUGUUGUGCUAAAAAUCGUGGUUGCGAAUAGUCAUCGUUUCCAUCGCCGCAGUCGUUGCUAAAGUUCCCUGCUAAGUCUUCUCUCUUCGGCUUCGGUCUUCCGCUUUCUGGGGGUAUCCUUUUUUUUUUUUUUUUUUUUACUAACACAAACCGCUUUUAAUAUCUGGCUGUAGAAAAAUUAAGGUGUCCUUAAUUAAAACUCUCUAAAAGCAGAGUAAACAAAUGAUUGCCCUUGCCCUUGCCCUUGCCCUUGUUCAAUGACUUUCCUAGAAGACGACGGAGUCUAACACUGGCUAAAUCAUUGCGCUUUUUGGUACAGGUUAUAUUGCAAACGAUCGUUUUAUUUUGAACAUCUUUCACAACGAGAUCGCGGAAAUAAUUCCAGGUUAAGAAAGGGGAAAAAAAAGAUUCGAUGGUGUCAGUAAACUCGAUGACUCAUUAUGUAAUUAUUUUAUCGCAUACAGUGCACGUCUUUCGGUGGAACCUCAGUGUGACAAAGGGCCAAGGGAGUGGCAAAAUGAGUUCACUAUAACGAUGUCAUUAUUUGCAUGUGAAGAUUCAGUCAUCUGUUAGUGUGAAUGUGAUGCAGAUGCCAUUGCUUGGACGGAGAGGGAGGGGGGAGGGGAUAAGGGCAGGUGCAGCAUUUUCAAUUUUUUGGCUCAAAUUCCUGACCCUCGGGAAUGGAAAAUAGUUCAAUUUGAUAAAAUAUCCCUUUCUGAGGAUAACAAAACCCGCAGUUUGAGGCAAAAUUUGUGGUCAAAAUCCCCAGAGAAGGGACAUAGCAAGUGUUCAAAUGCCACACCUAUGCCCGCCCCCACCCCGUCCGUCAAAACAUUUAUACCUGCAUAUGUCUUAUACGUUUUUUUAGCAUGGCUUUUCUCGAAGAAGGUCUGUUAUCAAAAGUAUGGUUGCUUUAAACGUCAGCCAAACAUACUGAUAAAGCUACCGCAGAGCCCAUCCCGGAUUGGAAUACGAUUCAAUCUCUUUACAAGAGCAAACAGGAAUUCAGCUAACCUCAUUGAUGAUCACAAUAAAAAUAAGCUCACGUCCUCUCAUUUCAAGAUUUCAAGGCGGACAAUUUUUGUGAUUCACGGAUAUACAGGUAAAGGGCAGGCGCCUGGAGACGAAAACCUGAAGCACUCAAUCACAGCUUAUUAGGGGCGCUUUCCAUUCAUCCCAAACUUACGGAAAUUUCGCUUAGAAAUCAAAUUAAUUGAACGGACCAUUUUCGAUCGGUCCGACCGGAGUAUUUUGGACCACCUUUGAAGGGGUCCACUUUGACCGGUCUAAUCAUUUCGGUCGGUCGGACCAAAUUCCCCUUUUCCCUUGAAAAAAUUGUCCCUAGCACUGCUCUUUUGUAUCCUGCUUACAAGAACAACAACCAAACGCUCGGUAGCUUGGGUCGGGUUUGUGCAAACUUCUUGAUUUAAAAGAGGCAUUUGACACUGUUAAACAUGAUACCUUUUAUCUAAAAUGAACCUUUACAGAAUACGAGGAAUCGCUCUCGAUUGGUUUAGAUCGUAUUUGACAAAUCGUACAGAACGAUGUCUCGUUAAUGGUUCCCUUUCGGUCAUUCGCCAAAUGCUGCGGUACCUAAGGAACGAUUCUUGGUCCCCUUUAUUUUAUUUACAUCAACGAUUUAUGACUGCCUAACUUCAUGCCAGCCUAGGAUGUGUGCUGAUGACACACACAUCACUUGUGCAAAUGUUGGUGUGAAUUCAAUACAGUUAAAUUUGAAUCACGAUUUAGGUAAUCUAAACAAAUAGCUUAUUUCCAACAAACUUGCUUUGAACACUGCUAAAACUGAAUUUAUGCUAAUUGGAUAUGAUCUAGACAAAAAUUGAGCACUUUGUCGAGCCAACCCGAGCUCUCCAUUGAUAGUGUUCCGAUAGAGAAAGUUAGCUCUGUAAAAUCGCUUGGAAUAUUUAUUGAUGAAAAUCUGCGGUGGCAAACACACAUCGAUAAAUUAUCUAAAAAGAUUGCCUCUGGGACAGGAGCAAUUAAAAGAAUUAGAGAUUUUCUUCCAACGCCUCCUCUCCAUUGUAUAUACAAUGGAGAGCUCUCAUUCAAUCUCAAUUCGAUUAUUGUAAUAUUGUCUGGGGUAAUAGUGGAAAAACUUUGUUUGACAGGCUACAGAAGCUUCCGAACCGUGCUGCUCGUGUUCUAACCUUUCAGAUAUGAUGCUAAUACCACACGAUUAUUUAUACAACUUAACUGGAAAGACUUGAGCAUUCAGUUUCAAAUCCAAAAAGCCCUUAUGGUCUACCAGUCUUUAAAUGAUCUUGUUCUGGGAUAUUUAUCCUCUAAAUUUCUUAAACGAUAUGAAACGCGCUACUCCCUAAAGGACUCUGGUAACAAACUAAUUGCCCUGUUCCCGCGAACUAACUUCAGUUAUAGCGGAGCAGUUCUCUGGAACAGUCUGCCCUGUGAUAUGAGAGAGGCUAAAUCUGUAAGUCAAUUUAAACGACUGGCUCAUCUGAAUUUCUGAUUUUUAAAGUACUGUGAACACGGCAUUCAUGAAAAACAGGUCUUAGUUAGGUUAGUUGCAGACAGUUUUGCAUAUUGUUUAGGGUAGUUAUGUUUAUUUAAAAAAUUUUAUACUCCUGAUAAAUUUUACCGCGUUUAAAUGAAGAAUUAUUCUAUUCUAUUCCAUUCCAUUCCAUUCUAAUGUGCCGUUCUAUUCAGCGCGAACAGGCCCGGAAUUUCCUAAAUUUCAAAUCGGAAUUUUUAUUGGAUGGAAAGCGUCCUAGAUUUUUCAGCUAUUUAUAGCUUUACCAUUUAUAAGUUUCUAGACUGUUCACAGUCCCCUAUUUUUUCGUGAGAUCGUUUAGAUAUACAGCGUCUUACCGUCACGGCUACAUCUUGAUUUUCAAAUGGACCGAGGGGGCGGGCGUCGGGGAUUAACCGCCCCCGCCCCCUAAGUAGUUUUGACACUCAUGUAAGAUGGCAGCCCGUAACGCAAAGCACUCGAUCUCGACGAUCUUAGGGAAAAAUAGAGGACUGUGAACAGUCUAACAAGUUUCCGUCAAACCUGGUUGGAAAGAAAACGGAACAGGACUUUUUAAGUCGUUCCAGCGGAAAACUUCCUAGAGCGAUGAGACAUCUGAAAAGUUAGUCCUCUGUUUUUCCGGACGGAAUGUUCCAAAGAGUCCCCUGUUUUUUCAGUAAGAUCGUCGAAAUAAGACACCUACUUCCGGGCAGAGAUCUUGGUUUCAAAUUUACUAAAUGAGUGUGAGUACGUUAGUAAGGAUUUUUAGGAAGUGAAAAUUUGUAUAAACAUUAGUUUUUAGCUGCUCUAAUACUUCAUGAAACUUAAGACUCGGUGGGAUCGAUAGUUCUUUAGUUCGAGUGUUGGUGACGUCAUGUGAAAACCAGCAAUAGUUAAUUAAACCAC